AAUCUCUACACCUAAUCUACCAGUCCGUCUGUCAUAUGUAUAUGAAGACGAAGAUGAACCCUAUUGCUAAGCGAGAGGAGGAGAGGAAUUGAUUUUGAUUUACCAUCGUAUUCGCGACCGAUCUAAAGCGAUCUGAAGAGAUGGCUUUGCAAUUGCGCACCAAUGGAGGAGUCACGAUGUUGUCCGGGUCGGGUUUGGUGGUACCACCAUCGGGUGGUAGUGAUAGACGGAGUCAGAGGAUGGGAGGAAGACAGCCUCAUGCGCAAGGACGCGUGAUGGCGGUCAACGGAGGCGAUGGUGGCGGCGUUGACGGUGGCAAGAAGAAAUCGGUGCCGAAUUCCAACUACGUCGUGCCGAUGGAUAAGUCCUUUUCGUCCCCAUACACGUCCGUCAUCACUCGACCUCUGGUUGAGAUCCUAAGAGACCUAAAUAAGAGGAUACCAGACAACAUCGUUAAACCUCCUCCGACUCAUCAUCCUUCCUCUUCCACCUUCUCAAUCCCCUGGUACCAUGCCAACCGGAUGUUGAGCUUCUACGCCCCUGGGUGGUGUGGAGAGAUACGUGAUGUUAUAUUCUCUGACAAUGGAAGUGUGACUGUGGUCUACCGUGUCACUAUACGAGGAUCUGAUGGAGAGGCACAUCGAGAGUCAACUGGGACGGUAUCAUCCACUGAGCCCAACAUUGUAGAUCCAGUUGCUGCCGCUGAGGAAAUAGCUUUCUGCAGAGCAUGUGCUCGGUUUGGUCUUGGCUUGUAUCUGUAUCAUGAAGAAUAGAUGCUAUAAGUGGUGAGCAGUCGGAAUGUAGUUUUUAACUUUUUUGUCGCUUUUGUCGGGAAACCAGGAGUAGCAAUGAAUGCACUUCAAGUUGAUGUUAAUAUCUGGAUAGUUUCAGAUAAACUUAGUUUGGAAUGUGCGCAACUAUCAUAGAGAAAUGGUUAAGUAGAACUGUGUUAUUACUGUUAAAUCAAAGCUGCAAGAACUUUGAAUCAGCGCAAA